AUGUCAUGGCUGGCCGUGGGCGGGGUGGGGGGGGGUUUGAUGAGUGGAUGCGAGGGGCGGCAGGAAGGCCACGAGGCUCAGGGUGACAUUGGCUUCGGCUUCCACAGGUCAGUGAUGGCGUCUCCGCCCGUGACAGUGAUGAACGGCGGCUGCAGAGCGGGUGGCGUCCCAACGCAGGCCGGGCGGUGCGCGGGGCCGACCGUGAAGCAUGGGAGCCGCACAGAGGGCAAAGGAUGGAGGAAAGAUGAAGAAGUGUUUAAGGAGGAAACAACUACAUCAUCAACGACUUCAGCAACUACAUCAUCAAUGACUUCAGCAACAACUUCAGCAACUACAUCAUCAACGACUUCAGCAAAGACUUCAGCAACAAGUUCAGCAACAACUUCAGCAACGACAUCAUCAACAAUUUCAGCAACAACUUCAGCAACUACAUCAUCAACGACUUCAGCAAAGACUUCAGCAACAAGUUCAGCAACGACUUCAGCAACAAGUUCAUCAACGACUUCAGCAACUACAUCAGCAACAAGUUCAUCAACAACUUCAGCAACUACAUCAUCAACUACAUCAGCAAAGACUUCACUAACUACAUCAGCAACUACAUCAUCAAUGACUUCAGCAACUACAUCAGCAACUACAUCAUCAACGACUUCAGCAACUACAUCAUCAACAACUUCAGCAACUACAUCAUCAACUACAUUAUCAAUGACUUCAACAACGACUUCAGCAACUACAUCAUCAACUACAUCAUCAAUGACUUCAGCAACUACAUCAUCAACUACAUCAUCAAUGACUUCAGCAACGACUUCAGCAACUACAUCAGCAACGACUUCAACUACAUCAUCAACUACAUAAGCAACAACUUCAGCAACUACAUCAGCAACUACAUCAUCAAUGACUUCAGCAACUACAUCAUCAACGACUUCAGCAACUACAUCAGCAACUACAUCAUCAACGACUUCAGCAACUACAUCAUCAACUACAUCAUCAAUGACUUCAGCAACAACUUCAGCAACUACAUCAUCAACGACUUCAGCAACGACUUCAGCAUUAAUCCCAUUAAUAAACCCCAGAGGUGCCAACGGCAGACUGGGAGAUGAGGAGGAGGAGGACGCCGGCAGAGAGGCAGAGCUGGGGGCCAUUUGUCAAAACGGGGCCACCGUGCUAA